GGGCAGCCCCCGCGGCUGCCCGCGCCCGGCCGGCCCAAGGCAGGCAGGAGGCGCUACAAGACCUUCAUGAUCGACGAGAUCCUCUCCAAGGAGACUUGCGACUACUUCGAGAAACUUUCGCUGUACUCCGUCUGCCCGUCGCUCCUGGUCCGGCCCAAGCCGCUGCACUCCUGCGCCGGCUCCCCCGCGGUGCGGGCGCACCCCCUGCUCUCCGGCAUCGCCCGGCCGCCGCCCGCGCUCCCGCAGCUGCUCCCGGGCGCCGGCAGCUCCCGGCUGCUGCCCUGCCCGCCGCCCCUGCGCACCCAGGGGUCCCCCAGCGAGCCCCAGGCCAGCAGCGAGUCGGAGGCAGAGCAGCCCCCGCCACGCUCAAAGAAGCCGCGCCGGAGCAGGACCAUCUUCACUGAGAUCCAGCUCAUGGGCCUGGAGAAGAAAUUCCAGAAGCAGAAGUACCUCUCCACCCCCGAUAGGCUCGACUUAGCCCAGUCCUUGGGGCUGACUCAGCUCCAGGUAAAGACGUGGUACCAGAACCGUAGGAUGAAGUGGAAGAAAAUGGUGUUGAAGGGUGGACAGGAAGCUCCAACGAAGCCCAAAGGCCGCCCAAAGAAAAACUCCAUUCCCACCUCAGAGGAGAUCGAAGCAGAGGAGAAAAUGAAUAGCCAGGCUCAGAGUCAGGCACAGGAGGGACCUCGAGCCUCUGAGGAGCCAAAACUAACAGAGGAGAACCCAGAAGAAGUCCUGUUGGAGACAGAGGGGUGUCCAGAACAUGCACCAGAGCCUUCCUCAGAGGAGACUACACCAUUAAGCUAAAAGGGAGGGAAAAGAGAGGAAAAGAAGAGAAAAAAAAAGAGAGAAAAGAGAAAAAUCAA